UUGUAAAUUCAUUUCUAACCUCACUUUUUGACUGUUCAUUACGUGUGAUUGUGACAAAUCCAAUUUUCUUUUGAUAAAAUAUUGUGCAUUUAAUUAAAAAAUGCCUGAAAGUACCAAAAUAGAAGAAAAACAAAAGAAAGAAGUUAAAAAUGAAAAAGAAGACGAAAAAAGCGAAUUGUCGGAGGAAGAUAAACUACUUCAGGAAGAAUUAGGAAAUUUAGUUGAACGUCUUCAAGAUGCAAACACAAGAUUACACUAUCCAGCACUUGAGUCACUACAAAAUCAAAUUCGUGCCUCAACAACUUCAAUGACAAGUGUGCCGAAACCAUUGAAAUUCAUGAGACCUCAUUAUGAUACAAUGAAAUCAAUUUAUGAAAAUAUUUCCGAUCCAAAAGCAAAAGAAUUAUGUUCGGAUAUUAUUUCAGUUCUUGCAAUGACAAUGGGAGAGGGUAGAGAGUGUUUAAAAUAUCGAUUAUUUGGAUCAGCACAAUCAAUUAGCGAAUGGGGACAUGAAUAUGUUCGACAUUUAUCUGGUGAAUUAGCCGGUGAAUGGGAUGAACUUACAGGCGAGAAUAAAGAAGAUGUUAGCAAGAAAUUAAUAGCCCUUGUACAUGAAAUUGUUCCCUAUAAUAUGGCUCACAAUGCUGAAACUGAGGCUUGCGAUUUAUUAAUGGAAAUUGAAAAAUUAGAUUUUCUUGAACAAUAUGUUGAUGAAAGUGCAUAUCAACGUGUUUGUCUUUAUCUUACAAGUUGCGUUCCUUAUGUUGCCGAUCCUGAAAAUAGUACUCUUUUACAUGCAGCAGCUAAACUUUACAGAAAAUUUGGCCAAUAUCCACAAGCUGUGAGAUUAGCGAUGCAACUCAAUGAUUUGCCAUUAAUUGAAGAGAUUUUUACAACUUGUGAAGAUUUAUCGAUACAGAAACAAUUGGCAUUUAUGCUUGGUCGUCAACAGAUUUUCCUCAACUUACCGGAAUCGACAAUUGAAUUUGACGAUCUUGUGGAAAUUAUGUCCAAUUCUCAUUUGAACAAUCAUUUUUUGAAUCUUGCUCGCGAAUUGGAUAUAAUGGAGCCAAAAACACCGGAAGAUGUUUACAAAUCACAUUUGGAAAAUUCAAGACCACAAUUUGGCGGUGGUCAAGUUGACUCAGCGAGACAGAAUUUGGCUGCAAGUUUUGUGAAUGGAUUUGUAAAUGCAGCUUUCGGUCAAGAUAAACUUCUAGUCGAGGAUGGUAAUAAAUGGCUCUAUAAAAAUAAGGAACAUGGAAUGCUGAGUGCAACAGCAUCGCUUGGUCUCGUACUCUUGUGGGAUGUUGACGGUGGUUUGACACCUAUCGAUAAAUAUCUUUAUUCCUCGGAAGAUUACAUUAAAUCAGGAGCUCUUUUAGCUUGUGGAAUUGUUAAUUGUGGUGUUAGAAAUGAAUGUGAUCCUGCAUUGGCUCUUUUAUCGGAUUAUGUACUUCAUAACAGUAAUACAAUGAGAAUCGGCGCUAUUGUCGGUUUGGGACUAGCUUACGCUGGAUCAAAUCGAGAGGCAGUAUUAAAUUUGCUUACACCUGUUUUAAGUGAUCCAAAAUCAAGUUGGGAAGUCAUUGGAGUCGCUGGUCUUGCCCUUGGAAUGGUUGCUGUUGGCUCUUGCAAUGCUUAUGUCACUACUUCAAUAAUGCACACUUUGAUGGAAAAGAGUGAAACCGAUCUGAAGGAUACUUAUGCAAGAUUUUUACCCUUGGGCUUAGGUUUGUGCUUUUUGGGUAAACAAGAGGCAGCAGAGGCGAUAAUCGCAGCUUUGGAAGUUGUGCCCGAACCUUUUAAGUCCAUGUCAACGACACUUGUGGAAGUUUGCGCUUACGCUGGAACAGGAAAUGUAUUGAAAAUUCAACAUUUAUUACACAUUUGUUCCGAGCAUUAUGAACCUGUGAAUGAAAAGGAGGAGAAAGGUGAUCGCAAGGAUAAGGAAAAGAAAGAGGAAAAAAAGGAGGAAAAAGAAAAAGAUCUAAGUUCACGUCAAGCAAUUGCUGUACUUGGAAUUGCUUUAAUUGCAAUGGGUGAAGAAAUUGGCGCUGAAAUGGCGUACAGAACCUUUGGACAUCUUUUAAGAUAUUGUGAACCCGUAAUUCGACGAUCUGUACCUUUAGCACUUGGUCUUAUAUCGGUAUCAAAUCCAAAACUCAAUAUUUUGGAUACUUUAUCGAAAUUCUCACACGACAGUGAUCCUGAAGUGGCUCAUAAUGCAAUUUUUGCAAUGGGACUUGUUGGAGCUGGUACAAAUAAUGCUAGAUUAGCUGCAAUGCUAAGACAACUUGCACAAUUUCACGCUAAGGAUCCUAAUAAUUUAUUCAUGGUACGAAUUGCUCAGGGUCUUACUCAUCUUGGAAAAGGAACACUUACCUUGUCGCCGUAUCAUAGUGACAGACAAUUGUUGAGUCCAGUUGCCUUGGCUGGAUUAUUGGCUACCUUGAUUGGAUUCCUCGAUGUCAAAAAUAUUAUUCUUGGAAGAUCACAUUAUCUUUUGUACACGCUGGCAGCAGCGAUGCAACCAAGAAUGUUGGUAACAUUCGACGAAGAAUUGAAUCCACUUGCAGUUCCAGUGCGAGUUGGUCUUGCCGUUGAUGUUGUUGGUCAAGCUGGCAAGCCAAAAACAAUCACUGGUUUCCAGACACACACAACUCCCGUUCUUUUAGCAUACGGUGAGAGAGCUGAAUUAGCAACUGAAGAAUAUGUUCCAUUAACGCCAAUAAUGGAAGGAUUUGUCAUUCUAAGAAAAAAUCCUGACUUCGUCCCUUAGGUUGUAAAUUAACAUUUAUAAUUUUACGCGUUUUUAUGUAUCUCAUAUUUCAUUAAUAAUAAAAUUACCUGUCUUUGGCUCUGUACAAUAGAUACGAAAAAUAUCUAUAUCUAUUGUAUCCGAGAAAAAACAGAUUAAAAAUUAA